AGUAAGGCCCAAUAGCCCAUACGAUGCAUCAGCAAAACAAAGCAUGAAGCACAACCACUGUCCGUCGUUUUCUAUUUCCUGAUUGCCGCCGCCGAAGUACAACCGCCGUGAAAUUGCUGCUUCUCGAUAGCUGCGGCCGUCGGUGUACGGCUAGUUGUUUUUUUGGACAAACUCUCCAGAAAUACUGCCAGUUGCAAAGCUCCCUCAUCAGACUCAGCCAAUCCUUCUCCAUAGACAAAGUGACCACACUCUGCUAUAGCUCUACGUAGCCUCAUAUUUGAGACCAAUUCCUUGGUUUGGGAGGAGGCGUGGUGUAAAUUAAGUCGCUCGAGCAAGAACACACCCCCUGCAACAUUUUCUGAACAAAUUAUUGAAAUGGCAAACAGCAAGUACGAGUACGUGAAGUCAUUUGAGGUGGAGGAUGAGAUCAUGUUGCCCAAUAUAAUCAUUGUCCGUGUCGAUGGCCGUGAUUUCCGCAGAUUUUCUGAAGUGCAUGAGUUUGAGAAACCAAAUGAUAAGAAAGCACUGGAGUUGCUGAAUGAGUGUGCAAAGGCUGUUCUGGAGCAGUUCCCAGAUAUUAUUUUCUCUUAUGGUUUCAGUGAUGAGUACAGUUUCAUAUUCAAAAAAGGAACCAAGUUUUAUCAGCGUCGGGCGAGCAAGAUACACUCCCUCAUUGUGUCUUUCUUCACAUCUGUUUAUGUCACUAAAUGGAAGGCCCUUUUCCCUCAGAAGGAGUUGAGAUAUCCCCCUUCACUUCGGUCACGAGUUAUUUGCUGUGCAUCUGUUGAAGUCCUUCAAGCAUAUCUUGUCUGGAGACAAUAUGAAUGCCACUUAAAUAACCAGUAUGAUACUUGUCUUUGGAAGCUGAUUCAGAGCGGAAAGUCUCAGAAGGAAGCAGAAGAAAUCCUGAAGGGAUCUCAGAAACAAGAUAGGAAUGAAUUGCUUUAUCAGUGCUUUAACAUCAAUUACAAGAAAGACAUUCCAGAAAUCUUUCGUCAAGGGACAUGUACCCUCAAGACAGAGGUUGAAGAUAUCGUGAAGUACAAAGAUGAUGGAUGUCCCGUCAAAAGACCAAGGAGGAAGGUCAUAACAGUUCAUUCGGAAAAUGUUGCAUCGAGAAGGUUCUGGAAUGACCAGUUGUGUCUUCCAAAGGAACUGGGUCCAUUUACUGAAGAUUUAAACAAAACAAAGCCAGAGUAUCUUAAGUCUUUCGAAUAUGAGAGCAAGUUGAUGCCAUUUACUUGGAUUGUUAUUCGCAUUGAUGGUUGUCAUUUUCACAGAUUUUCUGAAGUUCAUGAAUUUGAGAAGCCCAAUGAUGCACAAGCUCUCAACCUAAUGAAUUCAUGUGCAGCUGGUGUACUAGAAGAGUUCAAGGAUAUUGUCUUUGCUUAUGGGGUUAGUGAUGAGUACAGCUUUGUGCUGAAGAAAGAGUCUCAGCUCUACCGAAGGCAUGCCAGUGAAAUAGUUUCCGCGGUUGUAUCUUUCUUCUCUUCGAUGUACGCAAUGAAGUGGAAUGAAUUUUUCCGACAUAAAGAGAUGAAGUACCCACCAUAUUUUGAUGGCCGUGCUGUUUGCUACCCGUCAUGUGAGAUUCUUCUAGAUUAUCUAGCAUGGAGGCAAGUUGAUUGUCACAUCAACAAUCAGUACAAUACUUGCUUCUGGAUGCUUGUAAAGUCUGGAACGAGCAAGCGUGAAGCACAACAUUACUUGAAGGGUACUCAAGCUCAGGAGAAAAAUGAACUUCUGGAUCAGCUCUCUGGUAUUAUCGAUUAUUAUAACAAAUUACCACUCAUGUUCCGCCAGGGAUCAUCUGUUUAUUGGGACAAGGAAAAAAUGGUGGACAAUGAAGGAGGUGCUGCCGGUAAAUCACGCAAGAUAGUUGUAGUCAAACAUUGCAAUAUAAUUGAGACAAGCUUUUGGGAAGCACACCCAGGAAUACUCGAUGAGAAGCACAAUGACUUUAGAUUAUAGUUGCAUUAGUUCUGUCUGUGGGGUUAUAGAUUAACCCCAACCAGCCACAGUAAAUGGCUUUGGGUGCACCACUGUAAAAAGGGUCAAAACAGAUACUCAUGGAACAUGUAUAUGUAGGAACUUUUGGUGGGUUAACCAUUCAUUAAUUCCCAAACUUUAAAUUCUAAUUAAAAGAUUUUAUUAGAGAAAUCUCUAAAAUCACCCUCCUCCCUCCCCCAACCCCACCCCCAAAAUAAUAAACUCUCAACUGUCCACUACCAGCUGCCGAUCGCCACAACCAUGAAGUGUAUAUCAGCACUGUCUGUGGACGGCUAACUGAAUUGCUGCCCUCAGUUUCUCCACCUCUGGCAACCUCACUCCACUAGAAGCCACACUUGUGUGCUGCUUAUUGAAUCUCCAGCUAUGCUGCUCUAGGCAACAGCUGCUGUUAAUUCUGGAAGCUAGGACUUCUGGAAAACAAGGACAACGAAUAAUUCGAGAGAUUUGCCUCCAAGAAAAGCGGGAACUGAGGUUUUACUUCGGAUGUUUCAGUUAUGGGCUAGAGAUGCAAAUAGCUUCAACAUCAAGGGUGAAGCUUGGAUCUUCUGUCGGAUUAAGGUUUCAUGUCUUUCUUGCUGAAACUUGUACUAUAUUGUUUUAACUUCGCAAAUUUCAUGGUGAACGAAAGGAUGGUUUCUGUUUU